UCUUCCUCAAACUUUCCUUUUCUCUCCAAUUUUCUUGACAUUCGAUUUGUUCGAUCUCUCCGAUUGAUUUCUUGAUUUUCUUUUCUCUCGAUUACUCCCAUCGUUCAGUUUCGAUAUUGUUGACCAGAAGUUUUCUUCCAAAUUGAAGAUCUCAGUCACUUUUUUGAUAUCUCAGGUUUGCUUCCCCGAUCAUGUAUUCUUCUUGCUUUUGUCUAGGGUUUCUGCUUCAUCGCGAUUCUCGUCAUCCUCCACUCCUGGCUUUCCGAGGAGCUAGGGUUUCACCGAUGGGGAUUUUUGGCGGACUUUCGUCAGGGGUUUCAGUUUUGUUGUAUUUAGGGUUUUGUGCUUGUGACUUCGCAGUUGGAUGAAACUAUCGGCGCCUUGGAUUGGAAUUUUAGGUCAUGAUUUUUCUCCAACGGUUGCUAAAAUACUCGAAUGAUCGUCCGUUAGUGGAUUUAGAAUAGAAGUAGUUAUUCAGUUCUUAGUGCUGUUAGGAUAUCUGAUCGGUGUUCAUUGAGAAUGUAUUCUGGAUUUGAUUCACGGGUUCGCCUUCUGGAUUACCAUUGGAGCGAUGGAACUCAUGUGUUCCUUGAUCAUGGAAGGAACAGAUUAUGCUUCGGUCUGUAGUUCAGUCUGCUAAAGUUCAUCCCUUCUCUUGUAUAGUAUGACUCUUGGGGCAACGAAGCAGUUCUCAGGCAGGAAGACGACUUGCGGAGUUAACAGAUAUCAAGACAGUGCAGCAGAUAUAGUUGUGAGAAGACCCCGUGCGCCUUAUUACAAUAGGCAAAGAAAUGGUCCUUAUAAGGGUUCUAGAAAUUUGGUUUGGACACAGGAACACUCCCGCCGUCGUUCGCCUGAUCAUGACCAGCCACUGAAUAAGCGUUCCCGCAAUUUGGUUUGGACACAGGAACAGUCCCGUCGAUCACCUGAUAACCAGCCACAGAAAAACGCUGCUUAUGAUUCGAAUGAAUCUCCUUUUUCUGGAAUUUCAGACACUACCUUGUACCAGCCCAGGAAUGAUGUUGCCCAUGCAUCUAAGAACUCAUCUGUUUCAAGCGUUCGAGGUUGUAGUUUACAAAACUGCAUUAUUCCCAAGUCCCAGGGAACUAUUUGCAAGUAUUGGAUAUCUGGAAAUUGCAAGUAUGGUGAACAAUGCCGUUUUUUGCACUCUUGGUGCACUUGCCCUGGGUUCGAGAUGAUGGCUGCUCUUGAAGGACACAAGAAAGAUCUUAAAGGGAUUGCCCUUCCCUUGGGUUCCGAUGGACUUUACUCUGCUAGUGAUGAUGGUACACUGCGAGUAUGGGCCUACAGCACUGGCCAAUGUAUGCGCGUGAUUAACCUCGGUGCUGAAGCAGGAUCUUUAAUCAGUGAGGGCCCAUGGGUCUUCAUUGGCAUGCCAAAUGCUGUAAAGGCCCUUAAUGUCCAGACAGCUAAAGAUUUUCAUCUAGAAGGACCACUAGGUCAGGUGCAUGCCAUGGCUGUUGCCAAUGACAUGCUUUUUGCUGGUACCAGUUCUGGAAUGAUAUCAGUGUGGAAGGGCAACACCGAGUGUGACCCGUUCAAGUACGUUACUUCUCUCACGGGCCAUGAUAGUGCAGUUGUGUGCAUUGUUGCUGGACGUCAGUAUCUCUACUCCGGUUCUGUGGAUCAAACAAUAAAGGUGUGGGAUCUCAACACCUUGCAAUGCACAAUGACCCUGAGGCAGCAUACCGACACUGUCACAUCGCUUCUAUGCUGGGAUCAGUUUUUGAUAUCGGGUUCCUUGGACGGUACUGUAAAGGCUUGGGCGUUUUCCCAAAGCGGUGAAUUGGAAGUUAUUUUUACGCACCGACUAGAGCAUGGUGUUCGAGCUAUUUCUGGAAUGACAGAUGCGGAUGUUAAACCCAUCAUAUUCUGCUCCUGCGAUAACAAUACGGUCUUCGUAUACGAUUUACCAUCAUUCGCCGAACGGGGCAGGAUUUUCUCGACGCACACCGUGGGAACGCUCACUAUCGGUGACGGGGGACAGAUCUACACUGGAGACGGGAGUGGCAAAUUAAGGGUGUGGAGCUUGGGGAACCAAAGAUCAUAAUCCUCUCUGAUUCGUCCGUUGCUAGUCCUUCGAUUUAUGUAAACGGCAUCAUCCACCAUUCUUCCAUCUGUUUACGUUUUUUUGUAUGUAAAAAAAGACAACUUGAAACAAACAAUUUCUUUCAAGUGAUUCUUCUUACAAAUCUAAUAUGAUUGUUGCAUCC